AUGUCUCCCAACCCUUUCAGACGGUUCGCCGAUAGACGGAAAAGCUCGAAACGCCAAACUUCCUCGCCACCCGCACAAGCCAUAGAGCCCGUCCCUCCUCCACAAAUACAAGAGCCACAGGCAGCGGCGCAGCCAAGCCCCCUGCUCCAGCAGCCAGAAGCAGCGGAGCCGCCUCCUUCUCCGCCAACUCUCCAGCAGGAUGUCGUUGCAGUAAAUCAGCACGAAACAGCCAAUAACAACAAUUCUGAGGGGACAUUCAAUCAUGUGAAUGGAAACCAGAACUACGAUACUAGUACAGCCUACCAGGGAGACGUAUACGAAGGGGACUACUUUGCAUCGUCUAUUCAAGGUGGCAACGUCGGGGGGCGCGGCAACACGAACGCAAUCUUCAAUGGUGGGAGCUCGUUUGAUCUACCUCGGCGAGGUAGCGGUACUGCCAGGUCAGAGAUACGAGGCCUGGAGGCCAAAGCAGAGUACUUCCAAUCGGAAAUCGAUCGACUGAUGGAUGAAAUGGGCCUGAGCGAGGAGGAGAAGCUGGAACGCAAAAUAACGGAGCUACAAAUAACAUAUCGAACCUUGCAGCGGGAAGCUGCUUCACCUCGAUCGGGGCCAGGGCAAGAUGACUAUUAG